CGAUGUGACGACUGCUUGCUAAUACAAGACGCUCAUAGCUUCGCAGCUACUUCUGCGUUACCCGCUAUGACGUCGCCCAUCUGUCACAGUAAAGAGACGAAUCCCUUAAGAAAACUGCGAUUGAUCGCCAUCUUACCAGCAUCAAUUCACUUCCAACUCACGGGUAAUUUCUCAAAUCAAAUUUCAUCCUCACCCAUCUAAUAAAUCGAAAACCGCAAUCAUGGUCGAAAAGAUUAUGCAACUGAGAUGCGAGUGCAACCAGUAUCCAUGGGGAAAGCAGGGCUCAAAGUCACUGGCGGCGACUUUGUGUGAGAAGACUCCGGGAACAGAGUUCAAGAUCGAUGAAAACACAAGCUACGCCGAAAUGUGGAUGGGCACAUAUCCCGAACUGCCUUCAUAUGUCCUAGAGACUGGCGAGGACCUUCAAAAAGUGCUCGACAGACACUCUGAAGAACUUGUUGGAAAAAACAUUGCCGACAAGUUCAACCACACCAAGCUGCCAUAUCUACCCAAGGUCCUGUCGAUAGCGAAGGCCCUUCCUCUGCAACUGCAUCCAAACAAAGAAUUGGCUUCCAAGCUUCACGCAAAGGACCCAAAUCAGUUCACUGACCCCAACCACAAACCAGAGAUCGCGCUAGCUCUUGGCGACUUCGAGGCCUUCUGCGGCUUCAAACAAUUGAAAGACAUCGAGCGCUUGAUGCAGCUGCCACCACUUCAAGCCUUCCUUCCAGAGGUCAAGAAGCCUGAGUUCGACGACCAAACUCUGAAGCACGUUGUCAAGGAAAUGCUUCUGGCCUCUGAGGACGCUGUACGCAAGACCAACGAUGCCCUCAUGAAGAUUCCAAAGGAGCAGUUCGGCGAAUCGAGCUACAUCCCAGACAUGAUCCCUCGUCUAGCUGAGCAGUACGACAAGGCCGACAACGGCACUCUUGUUGCUCUCGUCACCAUGAACUACCUCCAGCUCAAGGCAGGCGACAGCAUCUACAUCCCGGCUGACGGCAUCCACGCAUAUCUCUCCGGCGAUAUCAUCGAGUGCAUGGCCCGAUCAAACAACGUUUUGAACACCGGCUUCUGCCCGCGCGCCGACCGCAACAACAUCGACAUGUUCUGCUCCUCUUUGACUUUCACACCACAUGACGCCAAGGAAGCAAUCUUACCAGCAAAGCCUUUCGACGGAAGCAAGAACGGCAAGACGCAGCUGUACGCGCCACCACUGAGCGAGUUCAGCAUGCUAGCCACAACCAUGGGCAAUGGCGAUUCCGAGACGAUCCGGUCGCUCGGUGGACCAAGUGUCAUGAUCGUAACCGAGGGCGAGGGAACCAUGAAGGGCAACGGCAAGGAAUACAAGCUAAGCGCAGGCUACAUCUUCUUUGUCGCUCCCGGUGUAGAGCUAGAGUUCAAGGCCAUGAAGCAGCUCAAGGCGUUUACAGCUUUUGUAGAGUAGAUCGGCCUUGUACGUACCUGACAAUGAGGCUCAACCCCGCGGAGGUGGCUAGCGGCCGAUUGGGCGGACUAGAGCUUCCCCGCACCUUUCACGUGCGCGUGCCAUCAGCACUACGCAUGUACUUUGGCUGUGUAGUUGUAUAACCAGAAAGCUUAUAAGUAUAGAGCGGAACAUACUCGGAUCCGCACGCGCAUGUACUGGUGAUCUCCACAUGUAUCCUUGUUUCCCCGCACUUGAUGGCAGGUACCCC